AUGGAGACAUUUGUUCCGUCUCGAGUCGCUCAAAUCAGAAGACCCAAAUCAAUACCAGGCAUCUCUAAUUGCUUCGUUCGCCAAAGUCUUCAUCUUGCACAGCAGCUCAGCAGGCACAAGAUUAUGCAUGGCGAGUCUACAGAGGCGCCUGCGUGCUUGUACAACAUUAGCAUCGUAUUUUGUCCCGGCACAUCCGAUACUGAGCAUCGUUUAUGA